AUGACAGACAGAGAAGUGAAAAAGUUCAUGCUUCAAAUAGAAUCCCAUUGGGGAGACCCGUUAUAUGCAAACACUCAAGUAAAUUCGGGAACUGCACUUACAAAAGAAACAUGGGAAUACGUGAAUUCAAGAUCUAAAUCAAUUGGUAUUCUACUUAAGAUGACUAGUUCUGAUGGGUUGUGUGAAUCUCCAUUUUGUUUAGUAGUAUACUCAUCCGGUAAAUCAAUGAAUACUUUAAACAGUAGUCAAAUAGUUUUAGAUGAGUUUAUUAAAUUAUUUAUGUCAAACCCAAUGGUUAAUAAGCUAAACAUAUUUCCAUUAAACUAUGGGAAAAUUAUAUUUUUAGAUGAAUUGUUAUAUUUAGUAGAACGAGGGAGUUUAAUCCUUUUCUCAUGGAGCCAAUCACAAUUAAAGUGGAUUCAAACUCCUAUUCUCUAUCUAUUUAACACACUUAUAAAGAAUAGAGAUUUAUUCAAGCUAAAUAACUAUAUUUCUUAUUCAAGAAUGAAAAGAUCUGGAUAUAAAUUUAGAACAAGUUCAAACAGAAAUAAUAUUAAACUCCAUGAAACAAUGAUCUCCGGCAAAAGUGCCCUUAGUCAUAUUGAUAUUGAAGAAUAUGGAAACUGUGGUACCAAUGUUAAACGGAUAAAAGCAUUGAGUUCGAUCAACUCUAAUUCGGAAAUUUAUUUGAUAAAGAAUUUAAAAGGUAGUUCCAAAGAGGAUGAGGAUUAUCAACUACUUUUCAUAUCUAGACAACCGUAUGAGUGUUUCUUAAUAAGAAGCAGUAUAACUAAGGCAAAUAAUGAUUUUAUUGUGAGUGUAGUUUCAAUAAACUCAGAAAUCAGGCUUAAGGCAUCAAUUUACAAAUUUCACUAG